AGCGCACUGCUAAACACUUAGCUUGUACCAAUAAGCUUUGGCUUGCGUAUUUCUCAAUUCUCAGCGCCAUAGCUGAAGCCUCAACACGCAGCCAUGGCCACCAGCAUAGAUCGUGAUCUCCACAUGGCCACAGGAGCCGGAGAAAAUAGCUAUACUAAGAAUUCUAGGAUUCAGGAAAAGGCUAUGUUUCAGACGAAACCGGUCCUUGAAGAGGCCACGAGAGAAGUAUACACAGCUGUGCUCCCACGAACCAUGGUCGUGGCCGACUUAGGCUGCUCUUCAGGGCCUAACACACUGCGCUUUGUCUCAGAAGUGAUCAGCAUCAUAGCUCGCAGUUGCAAGGAACUUGGCAUGCAGCAUGACUACCCGCAGCUUCAGUUCUUCCUGAAUGACCUGCCAGGCAAUGACUUCAACAACCUCUUCGAGUUGGUCGACCAGUUCAAGAAGUCGAUGACAGGGAAUCGCCAGGGGGCACACUCUCCAGCAUGCUAUAUCUCUGGGAUACCGGGCUCUUUCUACGCCAGGCUUUUCCCCUGUCAAAGUGUUCACCUCUUCCAUUCUUUGUUCUGCCUUCAGUGGCGAUCUCAGGCACCAGAGGGACUGAAGAGCAUUGGAAAAACACACAAAGAUAAAGGAGAUAUUUACAUCACAAAGACUAUGUCACCUUCAGUAGUGAAACUAUUUCAACAGCAGUUCCAAAAUGACUUCUCCCUCUUCCUCAAGCUGCGCUUUGAAGAACUAGUUUUUGGCGGCCAAAUCAUUCUAACAUUUAUCGGGAGGAAGUAUGAGGAUGUGUUCAGCGGAGAGUCCAAUCAUCUUUACGGAUUGCUUGCACAAUCACUGCAAUCCCUUGUUGAUGAGGGUCUUUUGAACAAGGAAAAACUUGAUUCAUUCUAUCUACCGAUCUAUUCGCCAUCAGUUGGUGAAGUGGUGGCAAUAGUGGAGCAAAGUGGCCUGUUCAACAUGAAUCACGCCAAACUGUUCGAGACAAACUGGGAUCCUUACGAUGACUCAGAAAGUGAUGUUGUGCACGACAGUGUUAGGAGCGGUGUGAAUGUCGCUAAGUGCAUAAGAGCAGUAAUGGAGCCACUCAUCGCAAGCCAUUUUGGGGAAACCAUACUAGACACGUUAUUUGAAGAGUACGCGCAACGUGUUGCCAAACAUCUUGAGAAGGAGAAAACCAAGCAUGCGGUCAUCGUGCUGACCAUGAAGAAAGAAAACUAGAUAUGCAUGUGUGUCCUGCCUGCCAAAAUUCUGUUAUUGUUACACUUCAGCUAGUUAUUAUUAUCACACGCCACUAGUUAUGUUGAGAAAACUCGGGAUACAUAUUUGUACUUGUUCAUUAUCUUCAUCAUUGGUUAUCGAUCUACAAUUUAGUAAUAAAGCCAGUAGUGGACUUACUCGAUCUGUCAA